AUGAGUGAAAAGAAAAUCCUCUUGCUUGGUUCCGGUUUCGUUGCUGCUCCCUGUGUUGAAUACCUUGCCAGAAGACCUGAAAAUAAGAUUACGAUAGCUAGUAGACGAAUUGAGAAUGCUCAAGCUUUAUCUGCUAAAUUUCCCGGUACAAUCGCUGUCUCUUGUGAUAUUAAUGAUGACAAAGCUAUCGAGGAUUUAGUCGCUCAGAAUGAUGUUGCUAUUAGUUUGAUUCCAUAUAUUUAUCAUGCCAAGGUGAUCAAGGCUGCUGUUAAGCAUAAAAAACACGUCGUGACCACUUCUUAUGUCUCUCCUGCAAUGAUGGAAUAUGAUCAAGCUGCCAAGGAAGCUGGUAUCACGGUCAUGAACGAAAUCGGUCUUGAUCCUGGUAUCGACCAUCUUUAUGCUGUCAAGACAAUCGAAGAAGUUCAUAAAGAAGGAGGAAAGCUUAAAGAGUUUAUCUCUUUCUGUGGUGGUCUUCCUGCCCCUGAAGAUUCCAAUAAUCCUUUCGGUUACAAGUUCUCAUGGUCUGCUCGUGGUGUAUUGUUGGCCUUGAAGAACACUGCUAGAUAUCUGGAGCGUGGAAAGGUUGUCGAAGUCUCUGGUACCGCUCUUAUGGAUUCCGCAAAGAAAUUAAACACUGGAUAUCCUGGAUUUGCCUUUGUAGGUUAUGGUAACCGUGAUUCCACUCCCUAUGAUAAACGCUACAACAUUCCCGAAGCCGAAACUAUCAUCCGUGGAACGAUCCGUUACGACGGAUUCUGUCAGUUUGUCAAAGCUCUUGUUAUCCUUGGCUUCUUGAGCGAAGAAGAAGAGGCUCAUUUAUCUGCCAAUGCUGAAGAUAUUACCUGGAGUCAAGUACUUGCUAAAACAUUAAAUGUGAAUGAUACUUCUGAUGAAGCUUUACAAGCAAGCGUCAUUGCCAAGUGCGACUUAGACAACAAUGAAUAUAAAGCACAAAUUCUCGAUGGUAUGCGCUGGCUUGGUCUUUUCUCUAACACAAAGGUUCACCGUCGCGGCUCUUUGCUUGAUACCUUAUGUGCCACACUUGAAGAAAAGAUGCAGUAUGGACCCAACGAACGUGAUUUAGUCUUUUUACAACACAGAUUCGAAAUCGAGCUCAAGGAUGGUACACAUCAAACACGUACAUCCACCUUGCUAGAAUACGGUAAGGUUGGUGGUUAUUCUGCCAUGGCUACAACGGUUGGUGUCCCUUGUGGUAUUGCAACACAACUUGUGUUGGAUCGUAAAUUGACUCAAACAGGUGUACUUGCGCCUAUGACCAAUGAGAUUAAUGAGCCUAUCAUUGAAUUGUUGGAAAAGGAGGGUAUUGGCAUGGUUGAAAAGAUCUUGUAA